AUGGCCUUACAAGUAGAAUUUUAUCUCUACAUUUUGUUAUUUGCUGUUACUUUCGACAUCCACGCCCUGAAUUUCUCUUCCCGUUUCUGGCAGCGUCGCUAUUGUGAGAUCUUAUUCUCCACGUUGUUGGUGGCCGUCAUGGGGCAGUUUAAUCAGGGCGGCUUCUUCAACUCCCCCCAGCGGCGCCAGACGCAGCCCGGCCGUCGCAACGUCUUCCUUCGUUUCGACGACGAUGACUUCGAUGAUUUCUUCGAUGACGACGACGACGAUUCCCUGGAAGACCUUUACGAAGACCUCUACGAUGAUGAUGCCCACGACCGCGCCCAGGCCCGCGCUGCCCUCACCCGCCUCAGGGCAUCCGGCGCCAUCACCGGCAACAGCUUCAGGAACAACAGGGGCUUCAGAAACAACAAUGCUUUCAGAACAUCAGGCUUCAACAACAACGGCUUCAGAACAUCAGGCUUCAACAACAACGGUUUCUCCAAUAGAUUCCCCUCCAAUUCCCGCUCCACUGGAUUCAACUCUAACAGCAGAUUCGGCACUAACAACCGCGUGAGCAGCUUCAACAACAACAACAACAACAACAACCGGUUCGCAUCAAACCCAAUUCGAACCAGCAGCUUCAACACCAACCGUGCCAACCGUUUCCCCACCAACACCAACAGCCACUUCGGAGGCUCCAGUGGCUUCGGGCGGCCCCUCUCCUCCUCCAACCCAUUCACCACCAAGAGGAGCAGCGGGUCCUCCUUCUCCAGCAGCGAGUCCCUCAACGCCAUCCCCGGCAGCAGCGACAUCAAGAGCACCUCGUCCUCGCCGUUCAAGUCCUUCAACUCGAACAUCAACCGACUUGGAGGCAACGGCUACUUCUUCUCCAUGAAGACCCACGGCGCCGAGCCCGUCACCUACUUCAUUCGCUACGACGACUAG